GUGGCAUCUGAACCGCAGCCGGCGCCGGGCGUCCUCGGCUGGGGCAGGGGAUGCUCGGGUAGGACGCCCGUCCGCGCCGAGCCUCGCUCCCGGGUGCAGAGGGGGAGAAGCGGGAGAAGCCGGUCUCCAGUUCCCGAGGUCGACGGUGCCUCGGUGCCCGCCGGACGCUGCGGUGUGAGCGUAGAAGGCCGGCGGGAACGGAUCCCCGCGCCGCCCGGGGCUGCUGCAGAUCCUCCGGGUAUCAACAGACUUUGGUGGCUGGAAGCUUAUGAUCUGAGGAGGUCCGUACAGCUGGGAAGCCUGUCACCAAAAGUUCCAGCAGUUUCCCUACCUGAAGCUGCCACCCUCAGUUAGGUGGACACCACCAUGCCUCAGCAGCUCCUGAUCACCCUGCCCUCUGAAGCCAGCAGCUGGGUGAAGUUGAACCAUCUGGAGAAGACCAAGGAGGGGCCGGCGCUGUGGGAGGAUAUGAGGAAAAUGUGUGAAGGAGAAGCUCCGAAACCCCAUGAUGCUGAUGGGAGCCAACGAGACGGCUCAUUAGAUGGAGUGACCCCUGGCAUCCUUGCAGCAGAGCUCCAGGAACUGUUGACUUUCAAGGACGUAGCUGUGGACUUCUCCCAGGAGGAGUGGAGGCAGCUGGCUCCUGCAUGCCGGGCUCUGUAUCGGGAGGUGAUGCUGGAGAACUACAGGAACCUGGUGUCAGUGGGGUAUCAAGUUUCCAAACCGAGUGUGAUCUCCCAGCUGGAGAAAGGGGAAGAACCAUGGAUGGCAGAGAGUCACGACCCAGAGGAUCCCAUUUUCGAUGUGAUGAGGAAACCAGAAACCAAGGAGUCAGCUGCAGAGAAUGACAUUGCCCUAAAGUUCUGUCAUGGCGUCAUGACGGAAAGGCUCAUAGAGGAUGACACCAUUCGUCCGACACUGAGAAAAGCCUUCAGCUACAAUGGUACACUAAAAAGGCGCCAGGAAACCCGUAGGGAAGGUGAGAGGCAAGCCAUUUUGACCCACAAAAAGGGACACCAAGAAGCGAAUAAAUUCGGGGAAAACCUUGAGAGUGCCAAUGUUAUUUUAGAACAGAAACACCAUAAAUACAACCCAGCUAGGCGGAGGAACAAAGAUAAGUUAGAUUCUACUAGCGAUCCAGUGAGCUGCGUAGGAGCCAGAAUGUAUGGAUGUAAUAUAUGUGAAAAGAUGUUCAAACAACCCAUUCACCUUACAGAGCACAUGAGAAUUCACACUGGCGAGAAGCCCUUCCGAUGUAAGGAAUGUGGAAGGGCCUUUAGUCAGAGCGCAUCCCUUAAUACCCACCAGCGAAUCCACACUGGUGAGAAGCCCUUCGCGUGUGAGGAGUGCGGCAAAGCCUUCCGCCAUCGCUCAUCGCUCAACCAGCAUCACAGAACUCACACUGGAGAGAAACCAUUCGUCUGUGAUAAAUGUCACAAAGCCUUCAGCCAGAACAUCAGCCUGGUCCAACACUUGAGGACGCAUUCUGGAGAGAAACCCUUCAGUUGCAACGAAUGUGGGAAAACUUUCCGACAGAUUAGGCACCUUAGUGAGCACGUGAGAAUUCACACUGGGGAGAAGCCGUAUGCGUGCACUUCGUGCUGUAAGACGUUCAGUCAUAGAGCGUACCUCACACACCACCAGCGCAUCCACACUGGAGAGAGGCCCUACAAGUGUAAGGAGUGUGGGAAAGCCUUUAGGCAGAGGAUUCACCUUAGCAACCACAAGACUGUUCACACAGGAGUGAAAGCCUACGAGUGUAACCGCUGUGGGAAGGCCUACAGGCACGACUCAUCCUUUAAGAAACACCAGAGGCAUCACACUGGAGAGAAGCCUUACGAAUGUAGUGAGUGUGGAAAGUCCUUCAGCUAUAAUUCCUCGCUAAGCCGACACCAUAAAAUCCACAAGAGGAACUCUGCUCGAGAGGAUGUUUAAAGAACGAUACAGGACAUGAGGACAAAAGGCAGCUCUGAAUUGGUGAUGAUAAGCUUUAAAAAUCUCAGGACUCGAAUUUAAGAAAUUGAUAAUGACAAUGGCAACUUUUGAUUUCGCCAAUAGCGUGAAUAAACACUACAUUGAUUACUACUACUGUCUGACAUGCAAAAUGAUAAAUUCAGCAUUAUGAAAAAUUAAGAAUUAUUUUUUUCUCAUUUCAUGAUCGAGUAAUAAAUUAU